AGUUAUUUGUCAUCUGUGUACCGUGCUGCUGAUGUAUAACCAGUAUAAAAUUUAAGAUUCAGCAGAUUCAUCCAAUCAGCCACGUAUACAGCUACCCAUGAUUUACAAAGUUCUCUGCAAUACAAUCGUGAUCGUUGAUUUGCUUCUGCUUGCGCGAUCAUCCGGUAAUACUCAUCACAACAUUUAACCCCACCCACUGUUGCCCACAACAAUGUAAAACUCACAAAAAAACCGCCCAUCGUCUACGCGCUUGCACAAUGUCGAUCAACGUUGCUGCUGCCAAUUUUGGGUGCUUCGGUUACCGUGGGAAGCGUUCAAUUUAAAACCGAUUUCGUCUGCUUUCGUACCUCCAGUUCUCGAAUGCAAUUGGAUGUGAACCACCGACGUCAUGGCCACUGCCGAAACAAUUGUUUUAACGCCCCCGUUGCUAACCACUACCGGCAACGAGGAAGGAAAAGAGCUCAACGGUAUCGUCUUCGAAUCGUUCAGUCACACGGCAACGAUCCUGAAGGGACUCAAUGAACUGCGCCUCAAGGGAGUUCUGGUGGAUGUGGCCUUACGCAGCAAUGGGAAAAUAUUUCGGGCUCACCGUGCCGUCCUGUCCGCUUGUAGUGAAUACUUUCGCGCAAUGUUCUCCAGCCACACGCGCGAGUCCAGGCUCAGCGAAAUAGACCUAUGCAACAUAUCUCCGCUUGGGAUCGAACUGCUGCUGGAGUACAUCUACACUGCCAAACUAGCACUGAAUCUGGCCAACAUUCAGGAGGUACUAUCCGCGGCCAGCUACAUCCAGCUGGAAUCGGUUGUUGAAGCCUGCCUCAACUAUCUGGAUCAGCAGCUUGAUCUGGACAACUACAUCGAUGUGUUGAUUAUUUCCGAGAUGUACUCGCUGAAACGACUGAAUCAUAAGGUGUACCGAUUCAUCUGUCAUCACUUGAAUGUGAUUUCUAAAUCGGCCGAAUUUUUCCGACUCAGUGAGCGACAGAUCGAACUGAUUCUGGCAGGGGAUUACCCGGUAACCUGUACGGAGAUCGAGGUACUGGGAAUACUGCUGCGUUGGAUUCAAGCAAACUGCGAUGUGCCACCCGAUGCGGCUUCCUGUCAGGUGAACUACCGGCAAUUGAUUCGGAGCAACAUACGGUUUAUGGACAUCUCGCUGCAGGAGUUGUACAAUCUUCUCUGUUCGGAGGAGUUCAAUUUUCGCUGGAUUGAUAGAUAUGAACUGUACGACCUUAUCAUGAAGAUUGGGGAGCAGCAGUGCAUCAAGUACAAAAUUUCGCCUCUGAACAAAAUUCAAAACUACCGUGGAUUGGAGCUGGCAAUCAUCAAAAUAGGAGGUUUCGACCUGUCCGGGAUAACUAAUGAGAUAACGUACUGUUUUCCUGGGGGUGGUGAUAACAGCAGUCAUCAAGCGAAAAAUCUAGCCGCCACUACCGGAAAAAUUAAGCUGAUCAGAAAUAAAUCGCUCGGCGAAGGCACCAGUCAGCCAGUGUCAAACAGCUUCGAUGAUAAUGCAACGAAGACGGUAGGAAAGCGCAGCAACAAGGAGGUCAAACUAACCGGUAAGUGGCGCUACCUUACAACGAUUCCGCACAUUAAACAGAGUAACUUCGGAGUUGUCGUUCUGAAUAACAAUUUGUAUGUAAUCGGUGGAUGUUACGACAUUUCACUGGAGGAGUACAUACACCCUUUCGGUUUCCGGUACUGCCCGAUAAAGAACAAAUGGGAAACGAUCGCUCCGUUGCAGCAAGAUCGCUGUCGAUUUUCGUUGAACGUCGUUGGCCAUAGUUUGAUUGCGGUUGGAGGAAAUAGCGAGAUGGAUGACGACGGAGACCGCUCGGUUUCAACGUGCGAACAGUACGAUCCCAUUGCAGAUAAAUGGGUUUACGUUGAAUCGUUACCGGAGUAUCGAACUCAGCACGCGGGGGCAGCAUUCGGCGCUACACUGUACGUCUCCGGCGGGUUGGAUCUGUACAGUGGAGUUCUUGCUUCGCUGUGGAGUUACUAUAGCUUCAACGAUAAGUGGGAAAAGCUAGCGAACAUGUUGCACCCCCGGGCGGAUCACGUGAUGUUUACUAUUAAUAGGAAACUGUACGUCUGCGGUGGUUGGUAUGAGGUGAACGGGCAGCGCGUCUUGGCCGACAGUAUUGACUGUUACGAUUUGUUCUGUAAGGCUCCCGCGUGGCAUCAGGUGACCAAGAUACCCACCCCCAAGUAUCACGCUGGAGUUGUGGCGGUACAGGAAAAAAUCUACAUCAUUGGGGGGUUCUGUUCGGAUGAUAUUUUCCGACAUACGGCGGCCAGCGUGGAGUGCUAUGAUGUAGGCGCAGAUCGAUGGUACUGUUUGAAAAAGUAUCCGAAGAAUAUCUGGGAGCAUACGUGUGCGAAUUUGUACAUUCCGAAGUAUCGCGAUGAUAUGGAGGUGAUCGAUGACAAUGACGAUGGGGAAGAAGCGGAGGACGAUGAAAGUGAUAAUGCCAGCAGUACUGCCAUUUGAAAGGAAAUUUCAGCUAAGAUGCUGCUAACGUUUUUAGACCUUGUAGCCAGUUAAGGAGUAUUUAUUUAUUAUUAAUAUAUGUUUGUUAGCCAUUCGAA